CGGCGAAAUGAUGGCCAAGGCGACUCUCAGCAGAGACAUGAUGGCGGUUACAUCCAGGGACGUCCUAUGUAUAACACGUACGUGCCAUCGGCUCCACCACUCUCAUCAACUCCUCCACUACCUCCUCCUCUUCCUCUCCCUCCCCAGUUAUCAUCUCAAGUAUCGGAGCCGCCGUUGCUUCAAGUACCAUCAUCAAUUGGGUCGACAUCGAAUGUUCCAGCGGCCUCAAAUGUGAUCGUGUCAGCACCCAGUAAUGCCAUUGUGCCAUACCAACCGCCACGAGGUGUUCUUGGCGGGACUAAUGCAAGGGGAUGGAAUCGUCCACGGGAGAUAGGAUCAGAUGGGGAAGCCAUGAUGAUCCUGAGGGAGAUGUGGAACAACAGAAGAGAAGAGAGGGAAAAAAGGCGUGAAGAUGAAGACAGACGUGUUAGGGAGGAACAGGCCAGGCUGGCCCGCGAAGAAAAAGAGCGAAGAGCCGAAGCUGAAGAAAAGAAAGAGGCCGAUAGAGAGGCCAGGAUGACACGGCUGGUUCACGAACAGUUUGAAGAGAUGGAAGCCAAGAAGGGAGGUGCUUCCGGUGAAAUUAGUAAGAAAGUUUGGGAGAAGGUAGAAAAAACAGAGACAUCUCUGAAGGUAGAUGUGAACGGCAAGAAUAGCGAAGGACCUGAUAAUCGGAAGAGAGACCAAGUUACGAUGUCUGGCAACACUCCUGUACCACAGCAGCAACGUGUCGACGCUGAAGCCACGCAGCUAGACACUGGCAAUGGUCCAAGACGCCGCUCGUCAGGAAUCUCCAUCAACGAAGGAGCAUCUCAAGAUCUGGGAUUCGACCGUAUCAACCGCGGCAAGAAGGCUGUUGUCGCUGGUCCGGGAAAAGAAGGGAGAGAGAAGUACAUUGAGGAUUUGAUUUAUGAGCUCAUGCUGAAAACUAAGCAUGAAUUGGAGGAGCUGUGUAAGAAAGAUCGCAUCAAGUAUGUGAAUAAGAAGAUCACCACCGCCGCCCUCGCCAAGCUUCAUGCCAUCGAUGCAUAUGGAGAAGAUGAAGAUGAUGAAGACUCCGAGGAGGAUACUCAAGAAGAGAAUCCUUCUUGAUAAUUUUUAGAUCUCCCAUCCACAUGGAAGUACCUGGAGCAAGUCAGGAAUCAGAGGUGCAUGGAUGGA